CAGCUGGGUGUGGAAGGUUCGAGAAUGCUAAACGUGUGAAGGAGGCCUGGUGGCGGAUUUUACAGAGACCGGAGAUCCUGGAGUGAAAAUGUACUGGAUUAUUUUCUCAGAAACAAUCAGAUCACGACAGAAGAUGGCGCUGAGAUCGUCUGGUAUCACGCGGCCAACCACAAGUCCCAGAUGCGUGAGGCACUGAGGAGUGCUGCCCACAUGAUAGAGGCUGAUGUCCUUCUUCCUAGUGAUGGAUCAGAGCAUGGCCAGCCAAUCAUGGCCCAUCCUCCUGAGACAUACAGUGAUAACACUCUGCAGGAGUGGCUGGCUGAGGUCAUCAAGAGCAAUAAGGGCAUCAAGCUGGAUUUUAAGAGUCUGGCAGCCGUCAGAGCAUCCAUGCUGAUCUUGGAGAAUGUGAAGCAUCUCCUUCAGCGUCCUGUGUGGAUCAAUGCUGAUAUUCUUCCCGGGCCAAAUGGAAGCAGCAAAGCCGUGGAUGCCAAAGCCUUUCUAGACACCGUGACGUCUUCCUUUCCAGAUGUGACCUUCUCCUUGGGUUGGACAACAGGCUGGCAUCCUGAGAGAGUCAAUGAAGGCUACAGCUGGACAAUGGUGAAAGAGAUGGCCUACAUAUGCCGUGGACUGACCCAGCCUGUCACGUUUCCUGUCAGGGCAGCUUUGGUCAGGCAGUCUUGUUCUCAGUUGCUGUGGCUGUUGAAGAAAUCAAACAGGUACAGCCUGACUGUUUGGACUGGAAAAGAUGACAAUUAUUCCACUGAAGAUUUACUUUAUAUUCGAGACUACUUUAAUAAAACCCAAGUUUUCUAUGAUAUUUUGGAUCCACAAAACCGUGAAUUUAAACAAGCCAUUGGGAUCCGAGUCCCUCUUUAAGAAUACAAGAAUUCACUUCUUGUAAAUCAUUUUCUCUUUUGGCUUCAUCAUCCUUCUCUGCUUUGUCGAAAUUAAUUACUGUAUUAAUUGUGAUUAUUGGUUUGUGCUAAAUUUAUCCAAUCAAAAUGUUUAUUGUGUACUUACUCCACCUUUAUAAUGUCAUAUGGUUGUGCGUAUGAAAGAUUUCCAACUGCAGUAAAACUGUCCAAGCUGGGUGUGCUAGAACAUGCUUUUAACCCUAGGACUUAGGGGACUGAGGCAGGAAAAUCAAAAGUUCAAGGCCAGCCUGGACAACAUUGUGAUACCCUAUCUCAAAAACAAUUUUUAUAAAUUCUCUGUAAUCACCAGACAUUAAUUUUGUAAAACAAUUCAAUUAAUGAAUUGACUACUUUUUGAUGAAAUUAGAAGCACAAAUAUUUGUCCAGAAUGAAAUACUUCCUAUCUAGCCCUUAACAAUUUUCUUGAAAAGUUUUCCUAUGUUUAUUUAUUUAUUUAUUGUAUGCAUGUGUAUGUGAGUGUGUCAUGAUGCAUAUGUAGCAGUCAGAAGAAAGUCUCUAGGCACAGGUUCUCUUCUUCCACCUGUGUGUCAUGGAGAUGACACGCAGGUUGUUAGGCUUGGCAGCAAGCACCUUUACUGCUGAGCUGUAUGUGUGGCCUCAUAGUAUGAAGACAAUAGUAUAUUCCAAGUGACAUUCACAAAGCUGCCACUUAGAUUUAGAUAUAAAGGAAUUAAGCUGUUCUAAGAAACAAAAGUGCUUAGAGAGAUCAUGAGAUUUAUUCUACUGCAAAGUAUAUUCUGAAUGAUUACUUGUGUGUGUAAAUACCUGCGUUCAGGUCUUCUUCAUGCCACACACGACUGAAGGGCACCUUUGGCCUAAACACAAAGCCGAGCUUAGAAGACAUUUGGCAGUGAAUGUAAAGACCUCCUGGCUUCUGAGGCAGGCAGGAAGCACUAACUCCAAAAGAAAAUACAGAUAAAUGGAUUUGAACAAGCGUCUCAUCAAAAGACACCAUUCAGAUGGCUCAGUAGUUAAGGGCAUUGACAGCUUUUCCACAGGACUCAAGGUUCAGUUCUUGACACCCACAUGGUGUCUCACCACCAUCUGAAACUCCAGAUCUACAGGAUGGAAUGCCCCCUGCUGGUCUCCUUGAGUACUACACUCGUGGUGCACAGACACACAUGCAGGCAAAACACCUAUACACAUAAAAUAAAAUUAAAUUCUUAAGAAAAAAAAACAGCACUGGGGCACAUCUGACAAAGGACUGCUAUUUUAUGUCAUGUACACCUAUGAAGUGGUAAAAAGUCAAAAGCUUGAAUUAAAAAUGAAGAAAAAUUGACAGCUACACCAUGAAAUAAUAUAUCUAUAUGCCAAAAGCAAGUUUUACAGAAAAGGUUCUGGACAGUAUUACCGUUCAUCCAGGAAAGGCAGUUUAGGCCACAGUGAGAUACCAGUGCAUACAUCCCAGAACAGCUAACACUAGAAGGACUGGCAGCUUGUAGGGGGCAAAGGAAACAUUCCUACAGUUUUCAGUAAAUAUGGUAUCUCUGACUAGGAUCCAACCAUUGUAUCCAUAAGCAUGAAGUCAGGGGAGUUCCCAUGCUCACAGAGAAGAUUUGUGAUAGAAUGCUGGUAACCGUUGUAUUCUGAGCCCUAGUUAGAAACAACACAUUUUCACCAGCAAGAUGUAGACAGGGGUUUCUGUCUCGUCCAGUCCUGCAGCCGUUCGGUCCCAAAGAAAUACAUAGAGGUCUACUACAUUAAUCAUAAACUGGUUGGCCUAGUAGCUUAGGCUUAUUGUUAACUAAUUCUUAUAUCUUACUUACAUUAACCCAUUAUUCUUGUCUGUAUUAGCCAUGCGGCUUGGUACCUUUGUCAGUGAGGCAUUCUCAUCUUGCUUCCUCUGUGGCUGGGUGAUGACUGCUGACUGAAUCACCUCUACUUCCUGCCUGGUCUCCCUGCCUAUACUUCCUGCCUGACUACUGGCCAAGCAGUGUUUUAUUAAAAAUAAUACAAGUGACAGGAUAAAAGACCAUUGUCCCACAGCAGCAAGAGAACUGCUAAAUAUAAUUAACUUACUACACAGUGUUAAAAAAGAAGUCUGAGCCGGGCGAUGGUGGCGCACGCCUUUAAUCCCAGCACUCGGGAGGCAGAGGCAGGCGGAUCUCUGUGAGUUCGAGGCCAGCCUGGUCUACAAGAACUAGUUCCAGGACAGGCACCAAAAGCUACAAAGAAACCCUGUCUCGAAAAACCAAAAAAAAAAAAAAAGAAGAAGUCUGAACUGCUUAAUUCAUGUUGUAUGGAUAAUAGUAAACAGUGCAGAAGGAGUGAGGACAACAGAGUACACACUAUAUGGAUCCAUUCAAGGACACUGUCUUAGUUAGGGUUUCUAUUGCUGUGAAGACACACAAUGACCGCAGCUACUCUUAUGAAGAAAAAUAUUUAAUAUGGUAGAUUACAGUUUCAGGGGUUAUCAUCAUGGUAGGAAGCAGGCUAGUGUACAGGCAGACAUGAUGCUGGAGGUACCUGAGAGUUCUACAACUUGAUCGGCAAGCAACAGGAAGUGAACUAUAAACCCCACUGAGUGUAGCUUGAGCAUAGGAGACCUCAAAGCCCACCCCCGACAGGGACACACUUUCUCCAACAAGGCCACAUCUCCUAAUAGUGCCACUCCCCGUGGGGGCCAUUUUCUUUCAAAUCACCAUAUGCACCCAAAAGUAAUUUAUGGCAACAGAGGUUCAAAUGGUGAUUACUCAUAGGCAGAGUAUUGGAUGGGCAGUGGAACAAUUUGGAGAAGAGACGAAAAUGUCUUUAACUGUGCCAACAUUUUUGAAAAGAAUAUUUGGGAAGAAAUUACCGAGAUGUACAUUUUACUGUGUUGUAAGUUAUACAUAUCAAUCUUUGAUAGUAUUUUCACAGACCUUGAUGUAUAUAAAUUCAUAGAAUGCUAACAGACACUGAAAAGCCAGCUUCUGUUAAUGUGGAAAGAUAUUGUGGUUGCAAAACAGCACUACGGGAUGGCUGUAUAUGCAAAGCUGACGUUUUCACAAGUACAGAGAAUUUUGGAAAGAGUCUCAAACACAAAAUACUUGAUGCUUCCACAUUCCCAAGCCUAAGGUUGUCAUCCCAUAACAUUGGAAUUCUGCUCCCAUAACUCACAAGAUCUUCCCGCCUCAGAAGAGACACUGGUAAGAGAUUUGAUUGUUCCAAAUUCCAGAGCCUUCCAGAUGUACAAUUACUUUUGGUCCUGUGAGAGUGGCGUGGCUGCUCAUUAGCCACUAUGUGUUGACUUCUCUGUGGGAAAUUAUUAAAAUAAUUCAGAACAAUUUGUUGAUUUGCUUGGAUCAUAGUUCUCUGGGCACUUUAACCCCCUGUAAUUUGAUCUGUCACAUGAUUUUUUUGAAGAACCCCAUUAAGUUUCCUGAGGCUCAAGGGGUAGGAAACAGAACAAACAUUUCCCUGUGCUGAGACUCUGCAAGUGUUUCUCUGGGACCCUAUGCUGGGACUCCAUCCAGGCUGAGGUGACGGUCACGGACGCCAGAGAGGAACCUUUGAGAUACUGAUAAGGUGCUUGGCUGCUCCAGGGACCAUGACCCACCAUACGAAGGGGAGGAUUGUGGGAAUCCAGGGACCACAACCCCCACCAUAGGCAGAGAAAACCUCCACCCACCCAAUUAUGGACCUAGUUUCCUCUCCAGG